AUGCUUACCCGACAACCCUACCGCGGAUUAACUCGCAAGCUCGUGCUGGCGUUUGACGUGGGUACGACAUACAGUGGUGUUUCUUACUCUAUCCUUGAUCCCGGGGACGUUCCGAAGACACUCGGAGUGACUAGAUACCCCGCACAAGAACAUGUAGGGGGGGAUUGCAAGAUCCCGUCCAUCAUCUAUUAUGACCAAACGGGCAGACCCCGUGCGUUCGGCGCUGAAGCUCUACAGGAGCAUGUCAUCGAACAGGCGGAAGAAGAACAAUGGACCAAGCUUGAAUGGUGGAAAUUACAUCUUCGGCCAAGGUAUUUGGAUGCUGCGCACAUCGCAGAUGAUGACAUUCAGCCGCUCCCUGCGGGAAAGUCGGCAAUUGAAGUCCUCGCGGAUUUCAUGCGUUACCUACACCAGUGCUCUCGCAAAUACAUCGAAGAAUCUCACGGAACUGCCCUAUGGAAAUCCGUCGAACAGAACGUCGAGUUUGUUCUCACCCAUCCAAAUGGAUGGGAGGGACCUCAACAGAAACAGAUACGAGGAGCAGCCGCUCUUGCGGGUCUUGUCCCGAAUUCCAAGGAGGGUCAAUCUCGUGUUCAUCUCCUGACAGAAGGCGAAGCUAGUCUUCAUUUCUGUGUAACGAAAAUACUGGCAUCAGAAUCACUGUCGAGAACCCCUAUUGUUGCUCCAGACAAUCUGGAACAAGAAGAAGAGGAUCCCGACAGUCAGGGCGUGGUGAUUAUCGAUGCUGGUGGAGGAACAGUUGAUCUGAGUGCAUACUCCAUGCGGUUAUCGCCGACUUCAUUUGAGGAGAUCGCGCCAGCUGAAUGCCGUCUCCAAGGAGCUGUGUUGGUCACACGACGGGCUCAUGCGCUUAUCAAAAGGAAACUUGCUGGAUCGAAAUACAGCAGCCCAGAGAUACUGCGGCAGAUCACGGACAUUUUUGAUAAGACAACUAAGCUUCGAGUUCGUAACGCAGAAGAUCCUCAGUACAUCAAGUUUGGUACUGUGCGUGACAAGGACCCUCAAUACGACAUACGUUCUGGGCAGCUCAAACUUACUGGUCGUAGCGUAACGGAAUUAUUCGAACCCUCAGUUGAGGAAAUCAUCGAUGCCUUCCAGAAGCAGCAGCUAGCCGCGUCAAUGCCGAUCAAAUCUGUGUUCUUGGUCGGGGGUUUCGCAGCCAGCGAGUGGCUGUUUACAAGUCUGCAGAAAUACUUUGCACCGCUAGGUAUUGAAAUAUGUCGGCCAGACAGCCACGUCAACAAGGCUGUGGCGGACGGCGCAGUUUCGUACCACAUCGACAACAUUGUCUCUUCACGGAUGGCGAAACUCACUUAUGGCACUGAGUGCAGCGUACCGUAUGAUUCGUCUGACCCCGAGCACCGUGCAAGACAGAAGAAAGUCUAUCGUGGUCCAUCCGGCAUCCUAGCCAUCCCAAACGCUUUUGGGUCCAUUCUAUGUCGAGGCACUCGGGUCUCUGCAGAGCAAACAUUCGAGGAGGACUUUGUCAUCCGCCGCUCCGCGGUGCAGUCAUGCACUAGCAUGGACGUCGACAUCACUGCUUAUAGGGGCUCCCUUGAGAAACCGGAUUGGAUGGAUACUGAGCCGGAAAAUUUCACGACACUCUGUACGAUCCGCGCGGACACGUCACGGCUUGCUCGCAAAUUAUCUCCAAAGCGAUCCAAGGACGGGGCGACGUACUACGUGAUAGAUAUCAAGGUAAUCCUAUUAUUUGGGCUGACGGAACUCAAAGCCCAAGUGGGCUGGGUGGAAGAUGGGAACCAAGUGAGAUUUCCCGCACAAGAACAUGGUGCAGGUGACAAUAAAAUACCUUCAAUUAUUUAUUACGACCGGGAAGACAAAGUCCGAGCUGUGGGUGCCGAAACUCAGCGGCCUGACAUUAUUGAGCAAGCCAAUAGGGAGCAGUGGGUGAAACUGGAAUGGUGGAAACUUCACCUCCGCUCGAGACAUCUGGAGGAUUCCCAUUUCUCGGACGCGGAUCUUCCCCCCCUUCCUGCUGGAAAGCGUAUAUCCCGGAAGCUUCAUGCUCCCAUUAUGUGGGAAUCAUUAGAACGAGGUAUAGAGAUCAUCUUAACGCACCCCAAUGGAUGGGAAGGACCCCAGCAACAGCAGAUCCGCAGGGCAGCGGAGCUUGGUGGACUCAUUGCUGGCGAAGAAGAUCAAAAACGCAUCCACCUUCUGACGGAGGGAGAGGCUAGUUUACACUUCUGUGUGACUAAUGUUUUGGCGUCCGAUACCUUUUCCACUACGCCAAUUGUCUGCACGGAUGAACCUGAAGAAGCACAGGAAGAACCUGGUGACCGGGAUCAGGGCGCCAUCGUCAUCGAUGCUGGUGGUGGGACUGUCGACCUUAGCGCCUACUCUAUGCAAUUAUCCCCCACAUCAUUCUUGGAGAUUGCACCUGCGGAGUGUCGCCUUCAAGGGUCGGUUUUUAUCACGUACCGUGCCCAUGCAUUCUUACGAGGUCAGAACCUUGACCUUCCCAGGGAGUUUGCACGGCUCAUAAUCUAUCGUAUAGCCGUGCUUGCCAAUUCGAAAUAUGGAGACGAGGAUACCUUGCGGCGCAUGGCCGAUAUCUUUGAUAAGACGACGAAGUUGCAUUUUCGAAAAGCAGAUGAACCUCAGUAUAUUCAAUUCGGGGGAAUCCGUGACAGGGAUCUAGAAUAUAACAUUCGUUCCGGACAGCUAAAGUUGUCUGGCGAGGACGUAGCCAAACUUUUCGAGCCGUCUGUGGAGGAGAUUGUUGCCGCUUUUGAACAACAGUGCAGGGCAGCUUCCACUCCGAUUACGAGUGUGUUCCUUGUGGGGGGUUUUGCUGCUAGUGACUGGCUUUACACUCGCCUCGUUGAGCGUGUGAACCCCCUCGGUAUUACCAUUUGUCGACCCCAACAACAUGUAAACAAAGCGGUUGCUGACGGAGCAGUCUCUUUCUAUAUCGACCGCCUGGUGUCGGGCCGUGUCGCGAGAUUCACGUAUGGCACUGGAAUUAACGUUACGUAUAACCAAGCCGACCCGGAGCACGUAUCCAGAAGGGAGAUCGCUUUUGAAGGAUUCAGUGGUGACUUGGAGGUGCCGUAUGGGUUCGAGCCUAUCCUCACAAAGGUUCGUGUUUUUGCAUUCUUGACGCUCCAGGAUUUCAAAUUUCCAAAUACCGUGAAGGGCACUCAAGUUUCUGAGCAGCAAGAGUUCAGGAAGUCAUUCAUCCUGGAGGAAACUGAUCGUUCUCGUUGCAAUAACUUACAUGUAGAUAUUAUGGCGUACAGAGGCCAGCUUGCGAAUCCGCGCUGGAUGGACACUGAAGAAGAGUCGUACACCCACAUGUGUACCAUUCGUGCCGAUACGUCGAAGUUGGCCCCUAGCAUGCAGGCCAAUCAACUAGCAGGCGGUGCAGUAUAUUACUCCAUUAUGAUAGAGGUUGUCAUUCUUUUCGGGUUGACCGAGUUAAGAGCGCAAAUUAGCUGGAAGGAGAACGGCGUAGGAAGUCAGUCACCCUUCUGGGCGAGGGCAACUCCUGUCGUUGCUGGUCUUACUGGCAGCUACCUCAACGGCCCAGAGACGGUGGUGGUUGGGGGUAGCGGCACCCCUCUGAAGAGAGCUUUCACAGACUUGAAACUGCCUCCCCCCUCCCAUUUACCUACCCAUAUGCCUACUGUACACGACCCAGCUGACCCUUAG